GUGGCCGAGUCUCUUGGGCAUACUGUACUUGGGUGGCGCAUGGUCCCCACAGAUAACUCAGGAUUGGGCAAAUCUGCUUUGCAGAUAGAACCUGUUAUUGAGCAAGUGUUUUUUACACCUACGCCUCGGUCAAAAGCUGAUUUUGAGCAACAGAUGUAUAUAUUAAGGGGGGUUUCAAUGGUGGUAGCUAUUCGAGCUGCACUAAACCUCCAACAUGGUGGUGUGAGGGACUUCUACAUAUGUUCUCUUUCCUCGAGGACUGUUGUCUACAAGGGUCAGCUGAAGCCCAAUCAGUUGAAGGAGUACUACUAUGCAGAUCUUGGCACUGAAAGGUUUACAAGCUACAUGGCCCUGUGCCAAGAUCUGCAUAGUAGUACUCCUUCAACUGAUUGGGCUUCAGCUGACCCUUGUAGACAACAGUCCUGCAGAAACAAGGUAAGGUCUUCACAGUCUGAAAGCAGAAUUCAGCAAAUGAACAUAUCGGCAAGACACUAG